AUGUCUCUUCAACCUCCACCACAACAACCUGUUAAUGUUUACCCAACCACAGUCACAAACCAACCAUCUUCUCAUUCAAAUGGAAAUUAUGGUCCAGUUUUCAUCGUCCUAGCAAUAUUACUAGUCAUUUCAGUAGUUGGUUGCUUUCUCGGACGCCUUUGCAACCGACGCAAAAUUAAUAGCAAAAACAAUCAAGAUCGUCCACGCGAAGCUCCCUUGAGACGCUCGGUUAAGCCGAAUAGGCAGCAGCAGAUUCAUGAUAUACAAUCAAGAGAAGACGAGGAUGUCGAACUUGGUGGGAUUGACAAAAGAAGGCCUCCACCAAUAAUUACAAGGCCUAGAGUUGUUGCUUUUGAACCAGAAGGAAGAGGCUCUCAGCCACAUGGGAAUUUUAAUGGUAACAUGAAUGAUUUUGAAAUGAAAUCUGAUCAUGAAGGUGAUCAUCAGCAUAGAACAGGUUUAAGACAAUGA